AUGAGAGGAACCACUCUCUGCUUUAGAUUACUGAACAGCAUGACGGGUGUGGUGAUUGGUUGCAGUGGAUAAAAAAUAAAAGACAUCCAGGGUAUGACAAACACCAAAAUACAGAUCAUAAAAGGUGAUUCUGAAGUAGAGAUAAAAAUUUUUGGCACCAAGGACAUGAAAGCAAAGGUCAAAGCAGCUACAGAAACUUUUGUUGAAAAACAAGAAGGAAGAUACAAUGGAGAAUUCAGUGUAGAUAAACCUGUAUCACAACCCUCUGUUGGAAGAGACAUAAACACAGACAGCGUUUUUAGAGAAGUUCAGCCAUUGAUAGAUUGGGAUCAAAUUAAGGCAGAAGUUGUAGAGUGGGGAAAAAGAAAAUGGGCAGAUUUACCACCAGUUAAGAAAAACUUUUACAUAAAAAUCAAAGCAAUAAGCUCACUGUCUCAAGUGCAGGUGGAAACUGGGAGAAAGGAAAUUUUCAACAUAAUGUGUGAUGACUUGAAGGAUGGUGAAAAACGUCUCUCCCCCAAUCCUACUUGUAAAUUUGAGGAUGCUUUCCAACACUAUCUCAAACUUAUGAAAAGAAUUUAAAAAGCAGGUUUUCAAAUGCCAAUGCCAGUUCAGUCACAGGCAUGGCCAAUUAUCCUACAAGGAAUAGAUCUUAUCGGAGUCGCCGAAGCUGAAACAGGCAAAACAUGGUCCUAUUUAAUGCCUGGGAUUAUCCAUCUCAAUCAACUAAUAUCUAGAGAACAAAGGAACAGACCUGGCAUGCUAAUCCUUAUGCCUACAAGAGAAUUAGCUUUUCAGGUGGAAGGAAAUUCUAAGUAUUCAUAUAAAGGUCUUAAAAGUAUCUGUAUACAUGGUGGUGGAAAUAGAGAGGGACAAAUACAAGACAUUACCAAAGGGAUAAACAUCAUUAUUUCAACUCCUGGAUGACUGAACGAUCUGCAAGUGAAAAACUUGGUCAACCUAAGAAACAUAACCUACUUGGACUUAGACGAGGCAGAUAAAAUGCUGGAUCUUGGGUUUCGUCGACUUGAGCAAUCUUAUUUGAGAAAGCCUACGAUUGUUUAUGUUGGUACUCUGGAUCUAGUUGCUGUUAAUACAGUGAAGCUAAAUAUAAUUGUUACUGCAGAAGAAGAAAAAUGAUCUCUUAUCCAAGAAUUCCUACAGAGCCUGUCACCCAAAGACAAAGUCAUCGUUUUUAUCAGCAGAAAAUUUGUUGCUGAUGACUUAUCAAGUGACUUAAGCAUUCAAGGCAUACCUGAGCGAUCACUGCAUGGUGACAGAGAACAAAGUGAUCAUGAGCAAGCAUCAGUGGACUUCAAAACCAGAGACGUGAAAAUAUUGACUGAUGAUUUAGCAUCCCGAGGUCUCGAUGUUAACAAUGUUACACAUGAGUAUAAUUACCGUUUCCCAUGGAAUACCAAAGAAUAUGUACACAGGGUAGGGCGUACUGGAAGGGCAGGAAAGACUGGCAUAUCGGUUACCCUUAUGACUCAAGAUAAUUGGAAGACUGCCACUGAUUUGAUUAAAAUUCUGAAAAGAGCAAAUCAAAGUGUCCCAGAAGAUCUUGCGACAAUGGCUGAGCGCUAUCAUCAAAAAAAGGACACAGGAAAAAAAUCAAGAAAAUCUCAAGGAAAACCCAAGGAGUUUUUCUGA